CCUCCUCUCUCCACCCCUCCUUCUGUCUCAGAGCUUCUGGUUAUUCUAGCUGCUGCCAAACCAAGCUUAGGGCAGUGCAGGGAAGGAGCUGGAGCCGGCUGCUUAUAAGUUGUUUUAGGUCUGGAAAUGCCAUUCUGCAGUCCAAGGUGUGCCUCUCAGAGCUCAUAAUCCCACUAUAUCUCCAGAGUCAAGGUACUGAGCCUACAAGGAACCAGGCAAGGACCUGACCCUGCUGUGGUGCUCAGAAUGGGGCUUACUCUAUAAACCAAGGAUACUUGAGCUAUACAUUUAGGAUGGAGAUGCUAAGACGUUCUUCUGUUUUUGCUGCUGAAGUUUUUGAGGCAUUUGACAGGUCUCCAACAGAUAAGGAGUUGGUUUCCCAGGGCAAAGCCAUCUGCAGGGACUUUAUCCAGGCGCGACUUCAGCGAGCUGGGUUUGGAUGGAGCAAACCAGAACAUGGGAUGUCAAAUACGUCAGGCAGUCGUUUAGCAGAGGUAUCCACCACCUUCUUGAGGCUGGGGGAUGAGCUGGAAUACAUGAGACCGACUGUGUACAGGAACAUUGCCCGGCAGCUGAACAUAUCUCUGACCUCUGAGACUAUUUUAUCAGAUGCUUUUCUUGCAGUGGCAGCAGAGAUAUUCACAGCAGGUAUUACGUGGGGUAAGGUGGUGUCAUUAUACGCCGUGGCAGCUGGUUUAGCAGUGGACUGUGUGAAGCAGUCUCAGCCGGCUCUAGUUUUGACAAUUGUGGACUGUUUGGGAGAAUUUAUCCGAAAGACCCUUGUGACUUGGUUAAAAAGGAGAGGAGGAUGGGCAGAUAUCACGAAAUGUGUUGUUACUGCAGAUCCAGGCCUCCGGGGUCAUUGGUUGGUUUCCAGUGUUUGCAAAUUUGGCCACUUUUUGAAGGCAGUGUUUUUUUUCGUCCUCCGUGAGCGGUAACCUCUGCCAUGCUUGUGAAUUCGCCUGGGAUUGCAGAAAAUGGAUGCAAAGGGGACAUCGUGUCUUGACAUCAUUUGUUACAAAGAUGCAACUGUCCGAUGGCUUUUCUUCAUCUGUGUUGAAAACUCGCAAAAAAAGUCAUUGUAAAACUCUACCUUCUGAUUCAUUUUGAAACAAAAAUGAUGGCUUAUAAUAAUAUGCAGGGAGAUUGUGGUUUUAAACUACUGAUUGUCCUGUUUGGACCAUGUGCUUUUAUUAUUAAUUUGCUUUACUCUGUCAGUAUUAUAUAUUUGUGACUCAGGCCACUGAUGCAUAGUUCCUACAGCACUAUAACAGUGUUCCCACAUGCAUUGGCUGGGCUGUCUUCUGAAGGGAUAUUUAUUACUCGUUUUUAUUUGCAAUUGAAUACGGUUCCUGAAACAUAUGAGAAAUUGGAGUUUAAUGCAAAGCCCUAACACCUAGGGAGUUAUUUACUAAGCUCUGAAUGCAAAAAUCACAACAUCAUUUAGAUUUUUUUUUCUGACUCUUAAAAAAUCACGAAUAUUUCGGGAUUUAUUAAACCCUGAGGAUGGAAAAGUCAGAAUCUGAAAAUCCGGCAUCUCAGAACUGUCGAGGUUGCAUAUAAGUCAAUGGGAGAAGUCCCAAUGAUUUUUUGAUGUGCGCUGGGUUUCGGGGAAUACCCCGAAGUCCGAAAUAUUUGUGAAAAUCAGUUUUUUUUUCCCUGCAAAGCAAAUUUUCAGGGAAAAUGUAAUAAUAAAUAAGCGUAAAAAACCAGAGCGGAUUUGAUCGGAGUUUGUAGAAGAAAAUAUUGAGAUAAAUUCGGACUUUGAUAAAUAACACCUCAAGUCCAUAUUAGAAUUGGGGGCGGUGUAUAGCACUUUCACAGGACUAGAUAGGACACAGCUAACACUUGUGCACUCCGUAGCACCCUACAGCAUAUUUACAAUAUUGUGAAUAGUAAGGUAUUUUCCAACAACAGAGAGAGUCAAAGGGUGCUUCACACAUUUAUUUGUCAGCCACAGAAUGCGAAACGUGGAGGCCUAUUUAUUGAAGGUCGAAUUUGAGUAAUUUUAGAGUUUUUUGAAACCACGAUUAAAGUCUGUUUCUCCAAAACCACAAAUGCCAUGAAAGUUAUUAAAAGAUCUGAAUACAAAACGUACGAACAAAAAUAGCUGCUGAAAAAAUCCAGAAACUGGAAAAUUCGACUUGAAAGAACGAAAAAUUUGUACGACAAUGAACGUUUUGUUCCCCAAAAACGUCUAAAACCAUAGAUGAAGGGUUGCGAGAAAAGAAAGGAAACGUCCACGGGCUUCUCCAUGACCUGACAGCUUUUACUUGCCGUACUUUUGUAUUUUUACUGAUGAAGGUUGGCCACAAAAUGUUACACUUGAAAUUCAUUUGUUGGAAGGGAUGUCUCUGAAUGUGUUGCGUUCUGCUAUAAGGCACAUGCACACAGGUGAAAGCUUCAUGUUUCUGGGAUGUGAUAUAACCGAUGCUUGAACGCAGCAAAUUAAUAUUGGGGUUAAUACUAUAAUAUAGUAAUAUAAUAUAAUACUAUAGUGAUAGUAACACUUUUUAAGCAGUAGUGCUCUUGUCAAUGAUAAUGUUAUUAUACAUUGUGACUAUAAUUAUCACCAACAACUAUUUUCUGUUGACCCUUCCUUCUUCUUCUUCUUCUUCUUCUUCUUCUUCUCAUGUUGGUAUUCAUGAGUGUCGCUUGCAGUAUCUCUGAUAAAGUUUACUACUCAGAAGCAGAUUACAUCUGCAUAAUCUCAUGUUAAACAUUGUUGCAGAAUAUGGAAUGCAUUUGUAACAGUGACUAAAGGUUUGAAAAGAUCAUGUAUGGGAAGUACUUAUAGAAAAAUGGGAUAGCUUCAUUUGCCUAUAAAGGUGCAUGGGAGCACUUUGUGUUGUGUUUUUAAGUCAGGUUUGAGUUGCAAGGCUUCUAUUAAAACCAGACAUUCUGAACACUAAUUCUGUUGAAUGGGUCAUAAGGUAUAUCUCACAAAAGGCAUUGAAGAACACACAAAGAUAACAUUUUCAUUUAAGCACUUUUGUCUGGGAGAAAAGCAAUUGUUUUUGUUAUUAUUGAUAGUUGUGUUGUGUGCAUGCCUUAGGUACCUUAAAAAUGCCUUAGCUUGAGAUUUGGAAUCUGUUCAAAAGUUUUUAUGUAAGUGGUUUUGCUGUUAAUUCACAUUGUAAUAUGUAAAACCCACAUAUUUAAAUGUACAUUUCGUCUAGGCCUUGUGUAGCUGAUACAAUCAUUUAAAAUGCAUUAUAUUUAUAACUGUU